CACAAAACUUACCUUGAAGCCAACACUGAAAUACUAAAUGAAUCCCAGGUUUGAGAACUGGGCUUAAAUCUGACUGUCUGCUGUUUACGCAACACUGUGCCCCCUCCUGAGCCCCGCACUUUGCAGCCACCAUGUCGCCCAAGAACCGCAUCAUUAUUGAUACUGACCCAGGUGUUGACGAUGUCCUCGCCUUGCUGCUGGCCCUCAGCGCCCCGCCCGAGGAGCUCGAGGUUGCCAUGAUCUCGGUCACAUACGGCAAUGUCCCGCUGCAGAGGUGUCUCCGCAAUGUGGUGGCGUUGUUCCAUGUGCUCGAGAAGGAGAUGGCAUGGCGGGCAUCCGCAGGCAAGCCCACCUAUGGCGCACUGAACGCUUACAAGCCCAUCGUGGCCGUCGGCGCUGAGCAUGCCCUUGAGGACGAGCAACUCGUGGCCGACCACUUCCACGGUGCUGAUGGGCUGCAUGGUGUCCAUGAUGCGCAUCCUCACCUGUCCCCAGCCGACACCUGGCGCAGCCUGUUUGAGGAUGCCCCUAGUGGAUCGGACAGCUCUGAUGAGCCGCCUUCGUAUUCAAGAUUCUUCACUCCGAGCAAGAGGGUGGCCCACAAGGAGAUUCUUCGGAUCCUGAGGGAGGAACCCGAGGACACCAUUACCAUCGUUGCCAUCGGCCCGCUGACCAACGUCGCCCUGGCGGCGGCGGAAGACCCCGAAACCUUCCUGCGCGUCAAGGAACUCGUGGUCAUGGGAGGUGCGGUGGGAGUGCAAGGCAACGUCAGCCCCUGCGCCGAGUUCAACUGCAUGGCCGACGCAGUCGCGGCUGCCCGCGUGUACGCUCUGACCUCCCUCAUCCCGGAAUCGACCAUGCCGCCCACGGUCCAUGGCAAAUCCUUCCUGCCGCCCUACCCGGCCAAGCUGUCCCGCCAGCUGAAGCUGACGCUGUUCCCUCUGGAUAUCACCACCCCGCACGAACUCACAAAGCAAUUGUUUAACGGGAGGAUUAAGCCCCUCAAGGAGGCCGGCAGCCCGCUGGCGCAGUGGACCGACACCUUCAUGAACGGCACCUUCGACAACAUCGAGCGGAUCCUCGGCGAUGGCAGUGAGCCGGGCCUGUCCUUGCAUGAUCCCCUCUGCAUCUGGUACAUGAUGACGCGUGACCACCCGGCGUGGAAGACGGUGGCCAAGCCUGAGGACAUCCGGAUCGAGACGUGCGGGCAGUGGACCAGGGGCAUGCACGUCGUGGAUCGACGCCGCCGGGCGAAGCCUGGUGAAAAGGACAGCACGGUGCAGACGCACCCGGCGGAUCCCAUGGAUGCCGUCACGCUUGACGAGGUUCCCGGGGACACAAUGGGUUGGCUCAGCGUACGGAAGGGUAACAGGAUCAACAGGAUGCUCGAGUCGCCUGGUCAAGACAUCUUCGCCGAUGUACUGCUGAAGCAGGUUUUCGCAUAGAGAGUAGAAGAGAUUGACAGGCCAUUGGUUGCAUAGACUUGAGUUUUUGUGUUUCAUUCUGGGUAUCUCAUACAAGAUGUGACCAGCUAGUCGGGGGAUCAAAUCUCAGCCCGUCUCUCGCAAUGUCAGCAUAUCUCAUGCGGAAGUGAGGUGAGAGCUGGGUUGUGAAGAGGGCAUACCCUUGGAUUACACCCGCGCAAAACCCAAAACGCCUGGCUCUAUGAGAAAGCGAGGUUUCCCUUCAACCCCAAAAUGUAGUUGUGCGGUCCAAUCCUGCUCCCUCCAAUGCUCCGGCA